UACGGAAAUACCUAUAAACAUAAAUAGCACUUUAAACUCUUACAACGUCCACUCACCCUUGGACCUCCAAUUAUACCUCAAAAAUCCUGAUAACAACCUCCGAUCCCCCCAUUUAAAACCGUCCACACGACAUACCACCCACCAUGUCCACCAUGCGCAACGCCGUCCACCGGCGCAACCACCAAGAGCGUGCCCAACCGCAAGAACGUGCGAAAUGGGGCCUCCUCGAGAAACACAAAGACUACACCCUCCGCGCCAAAGCCUUCGCCGCCAAAAAAACCCACCUCCGCCACCUCCGUGCCAAAGCCAGCGAGCGCAACCCCGACGAAUUCGCCUUCUCUAUGGUCAACGCGCACACGCACAAGGGCGUCAAAAUCGCAGAUCGCAAAUCGGGGGAGUCGCUGAGCCAGGACGUGGUGCGGUUGCUGAAGACACAGGACGCGGGGUAUCUGCGGGUGAUGUUGGGGAAAGUAAGGCGGGAGCGGGAACGGUUAGAGGGGGGUAGUAUAGUAUUGGGGAAGGAGGGGGCUCGGGUGGUGGGUGGGGAAGGGAAGGGGGGGAAGCAUACGGCGUUUGUGGAGGGGAGCGGGGAGCAGGAGGGGUUGGAUGUGGGGGAGUGGUUUGGGGUGGAGGAGGAGAAAGAAGCCGACGCCGAAGAUGGUGUAGAGCAGCAGCUUGACGACGAUGCCUCCGACGCCUCCGAAAAUGACCCCCUCCCCCCCUCCCCCUCCCUUCCCUCCCGCACCGCCGCCCUCGCCGCCGCCACAUCCCUCAAAUCCGCGCAGCGCGACCGCAAGAAGCGGUUCCACGCGCAGCAGGUGCUGGAGGCGCGGGUGCGCGGGCUGCGGGCGCGGGAGCGGGAGCUGGCGGCGGCGGAGCGGGAGGUGGGUAUGCAGCGGGCGCGGAUGGGGAAUGCGGUGGGCGGGGUGAAUCGGGAUGGGGUGAAAUGGAAGGUGAGGGAGAGGAAGAGGUAG